AUGCCCUCGCAGAGAGUUAAAUAUGCUCUUGCUCAUUUAUCGCGUGAGGAACAUACCGCGCAAUUAGCGCGUCCAAAUUGGAGAAGGCUUCGCAAAAUCGAUACAAAUAUCCUGGUGAGCCCUUUUACAGUUCGGCGCGCAGCUCUAAGGAGCCGCGCUACCAAGCGCAUCCGGAUUAUGGCGCAACCGAAAUUCCUAACUAAGAAAUAUGAUGCCGCCAUGGCGCCGCCAGUUUCCCCGCGUAUUCACCCCAAGACACUUGCGGCGAAAAGCAGCAGACGUAUUGUCGAUCUGGCGUUACCCAAAAGAAGAAUUCUACUGGAGAAUGUGAAAUUGGCAGCUACGAAAACCAUGAGGGCAGCCGUGGGCGAUCUGUUGGGGAAGGUUCGAAAGUCGCGGUACCAGCGGUAUCGCGUAUUCUGCAACGCGCGUCAAGAACGAGAAGCAAGGAAAAAGAGGAGACGAAUGGCCAAACUGCGCAAGGCUCUCACAAAACCGGAAGAUUGGCAAAGGCACAUGCGGGUUUUAGAAAGGCUGGCCGCUCCGAAGAUUGUCGUAAGGCCCAAAAAGAAGCCCGUAAGAAAAAUGGAUCCGUUGACGGUGUCAAAGCGGGCGCUCGCUUAUCGGAUCACCAAGCGAAUAGAGAGCCUCGCGGUUGAAAAAGAACGACCGGAGAUCAAAUUGCAAAUACCAGGCGCCGUUCGGCCGGCCGCGAUGAAAGCCAUCGCUUCCCAGAGAGUAAUCGCUUUGGCGAAACCCGCUCAACGUCCUGCGGGCAUGCAGACGGACUUACGCGAGGACGCCUUCGUUGUCUCGCCAAUGGCGUUAACGGCAAGAUGUUCCCGACGUCUCAAGACUCUCGCCAAACCGAGGAAGUACCCUACACCCGUCUUCAAGAGAUUGAAAACCGCGCUUAGACGAUGA